ACCACAAAAUGGCCGAUCAUUUUCCGAUUUGCGGUCGUCAUCUAUGUGAAAAUCAAUGAAUCGUAAUAAAUACAUAAGCAAAUAAUUUACCAUGACGGAAAUUGAUGAGUUUGGACCCCUUACUUCAGCUGGGGAUCCAGAUGAUGUCAGUGGCACCUCAAUUCAUGAAAGACUAAAUUAUUUAGAACAAAGAGAGAAAGAAUUGAUAAACGAAAGAGAGGAGGCAGAAAAAGACUUUGGAAUCAAGCGAGCUAAAUUCAAAGAAUUAUUUUUGCAGAAGGAAAAUGAUCUAGAACAGAAAACCAAAGUACUUAAUGAAACGCAAGAAGAAAAUGCCAAGCUGAAAGAGGAAUUGGAGAAAUUACGCAUCGAGGUCGGAGACAUCAAGGCGGCUGUUGCGCUGACAGAGUGUGGACGGCAAGAUGAUGUGUCUGAGAUGCAGAGGAAGUACCAGGAGGAGAUUUCAUCCUUACAACAUAUUAUGGAUGCAUCAAUUGAUGAAGCCUCCAGAACCACGGCGGAAAAAUAUGAAGAGGACCGUGUUCACUUGUUGAAAGCCAAUGAAGCCUUAGAAGGCGAGGUUGAGGAACUCAAGAGUAAACUGUCACAGGAAAGGGAAGGAUUUCUUGCCACAGUGACCAAGUCUUUGAAGAAGGUUAGCCACACGGUUGGCCAUACUGCAGCCGAGAAAGCCGAGGCUGAAAACCUUGAGGAGAGCUUUCGAAAAGCCCAGGAAGAUGCGGAAAUAUUGAAAUCAGUCGUGGAACCCCUCGAAGAAGAAAUCAAAUGUUUGAAGGAUAAACUGCGAGAUGCUGUCAAUCGGUUGGAUGAGAUCGAAGAGGAGAAAAAGAACCACUUCCAAACCCAGGCUAAACCAGUCCUGGACAAACUACCAGUGCUGCCAGCUGAGAGUCUCUUGAAAUCCUCUGACGAAAAGCUGAAAGAAAUGCAUACAUAUCUGCAGGCAGAGAAGUCUUCAAGGUCAGACUUGGAGAUGUAUGUAGCAGUGCUCAACACACAGAGAAAUGUGCUGCAAGAUGAGACAGAGAAAUUUAGGAAGGAACUGCAUGAAGUUUGCCGUCUGCUCGAGAAAGAGAAGAAGGAACACAACGACCUGAAGCGUACUUGGCAAAUGGCCAAUGACCAGUUCCUGGAGGCGCAGCGUCUGCUCAUGAAGGACAUGAUGAGAAUGGAGAGUGUCCUCACUGCAGAACAGCAGAGACAAAUUUCAGAGCUUCAGAGGAAAGAACAAGAAUCGGCCCAACAGCAACUACAACAGGAGGAAAAAAGUGACAACGAAAUUGCUGUUUCCCCCAAAGUCAUGAAGAGAUCCCCACGUGUGAGCCCUUCAAAGGACAAGAGGAUAAGUGCAGAGCUUCUACAAACUGAUGGCGUCCUGAAAAAGGCAGAUUCCAAGAGCUCGCUCACUUCAAUGAAUCAAUCUGACGACCUUUACGCAUUUACUGACGGCCUACAAGAGGAGGAACAGAUGAAAAAAUCAUGGUCGAGCUCUGACUUGACCGAGGAGCAGUUGGAAGGAAUGGACACGAGGUCAUUAUCUGAGAUAGAGGGCGCUGUGAGGACUAGUCCAGAAAGAUCGAUGGUCAUUCCAAGUUUGACAGAGGCUCAGCAUAGGUCUAUCACAGAUCCGACUGCUGAAUCAUUGGAGAGGGAUUCUAUGUUAGCUAGUCUAAAAGCCAAGCCAUCGGACACAGUGCCCACUCUGAUGGGCAAGCGGCUAGUCAGCGAGAAGGAAUGGCAAAUGUUGCAGUAUGAGAUCAAAGCAGCCCGUGAUAAACUUGGCCGGCCGUGCUCCAUGUGCAAUAACUAUGAAGAUCAACUGCAAAAUGUGCAGCGGAAGUAUCAAGAAUGUCACGAUAAAGCGCAGACCCUCGAACGUCAGCUGGCUGCUGAGAAGAGGACACUAGAAACACAGCGGAAAUAUCGUGAUGAGUUGGAAGAGAGUCUGAAGAAUGCUGCGGAGGAUGCUCAGAAACAGAUCUCAAAUCUGACAAACAAACUAUAUGAGUCGGAAAAAUUUCUGGUUGAAGUGAGCCAACAGUAUCAACUCUCUCAGAGAGAUCUGCAUGAGAAACUUAAAGCUCUGACCGAGAAACGGGAGGAGGUAUACAAAGAUUUGACGCGGCUGCAGGAGGAGAAUGACUCACUGAUCGGGUUGCACUCCAAACAUUCACAAGCUAUGCAGGCGGAGAACAUAGAUCUACCAAAUAACCUAGAGGAAAUGCAACUUGUCUUGCUACGGUAUCGAGAAGACAUCAUCGCUGCUAAAUGUGCCAAAGAACAUAUUGAGGACACUCUGAGGUCUGAGAUUAUGUUCCUUAAAGACCAAGUGGUCGGCGAGCAACAAGAGAGGAAAACAAUAGAAGAGACUUUAACGAAUGAUAUCACCAACUUACAAGAGGAAUUAGCUAUCCUUCAGAGCGUCAAGUCUGAGUUGGAGCGGGAGGCCAAAGUGAGAGCCGAAACGGAAGCCAAGUUGCGAGAAACGGAUGCCUCUCUGAAGAGCAUUCAAGCUAAAUCGAAACAACUCAUUAAUGCAUUACAACACCAAGUGGAAGAACAAUCUAGUGCUAGGACCAAGUUGGAAAAUGAUGUUGUCACGCUGAAAAUUAAAGUGCAAUCAUUACAAGUUGAUCUUGACAAUAGUGAAACUGUUCAGAGAGACUUUGUGAAGCUAUCACAAUCUUUACAGAUUCAACUCGAAAAAAUUCGCCAGGCCGAGACCGAGGUCCGUUGGCAACACGAGGAGGAUAUAGAUGACUGUCAAAACUGUCGCCAAGCAUUUACCGUUACGAGAAGAAAGGUUGGUAGAAUGUCAACAAAACACCACUGCAGACACUGUGGAAGAAUAUUCUGUUCAGACUGCACUCAAAAGACUGUUCCGAGUGGACCGAAUAUGCGAAAUUCGAAAGUGUGUGAUGUCUGUCAUACGAUGCUAGUAAAAGAUGCCACACCAUACUUCAGCAAGGAGUUGCCACCUACUCCAGACUAAUUACGAUCCCUUGCCAUCAUCCUGUUAAACAUUUCUAUAACCUUUUGAUGGGUGUGAAAAUUCUUUGAAAUUGACGAGGUUUCGUAAAUUUCACAAAUCCAAGUCCUUCUGAUGGGCCACUAGAAAAGAAUAAGCAAAAUGGAUGGAGAUUAUAAUUAUUCAAGAAAAAAUGUGUUAGUAUUUCGGCUGCUCUUGUCUGACAGAGGUAGUGUGAUACAAUGUACUUCAUGUGCUGGGAAUUUCCUGUGUUAUACCUCCUCCUCAUUUCUUGUGCUAAAACUUUCUAUUUUAGUAUUAAUUGUCUAAAAAAUGGAAUUCGCUGCAGAGGAAUGUCUCAUGAAAGACAUCAUGUUUUUGGAAUUAUUUUUUUAGUCCAUCAUCUCAGUGAUUUUAAGAACAACACGAAUGGUCUUGUGAUGAUUGCUUGACCAGCCAAACUGCAUUUGUUAAAUGUUGUUCCAGCGUUGGACACAUGUGUCUUUUGUUUGGCUGAUCUCUUUAUGACCGUUUGUGGUCGUCUGCUUGGGCCAGUAUGCCCUGUUUCAAGCGCUGUCUUCUUGAGAUAUUCCUCUGUUGAGUGAAAAAGUAUCAUCUGUCCAGUUCUUUAACUGUACAAGCACCUGUCAAUCUCUGGAAAUCACUAGUCAUUUUUGUGGUACAUGUAACAAAGCUUCCCCAUUGUGCCAAGGCCUAUCAUUCCUGCAGACCUUACAAUACGUACAUUCUCUUAACAUUCCGUUUCAAGUUGCUUAUUUCACUUUGAGGGAUAUGAAUAAAGACUAGCAAAUGCUUUUACUUAAAACUACAUGUACAUUUACUCGAGGCAUUUCUGUAUUGUACUAUGCUCAGUUGAAGAGAAAGGCAGGGACAGUUCAAGUCCUUAACUGUGCAUAAGUGGCCUCGACAUCACUUAUUGGACCCCCUAGCUCCUGCCCGACCCACUAAAAGUGUAAAUGUGUGUUCUGGUCCUUUGUUAUUUGAAGGUGUCAACCAGUAUUUUGUUGUGAUUUGAAAAUUUUCUUCAAACUAGACUUGUUAAUUGUUUAGAUUGGCUGUGUGCAGUAGUUUGCACAGGAAUUAGAUAUUUUAUUUCUCUGCUCCGACUCCAAGGACCAGCAUCACGCAAUUGCCAGCAUUUUCAUGCCAUUUUAAAAUUCAUUGUAAAAUUGCUGUGCGCUGAAAGAUAUUUCAUUUUGUAAAUAGUGUUAAUUUAUUAGGGCAAGAUGUGUAUAAUAAAUACUUAUCAAUGAUGUAGUUUAGUAACGAUGCCAGAUAAUUUGUCACAGAUUCCAAUAACGAGAAUUGAUAAAACUUGUCCUUAUCCCUGAAACUUCUGUAUGGGCAUAUGCUUCAUCUGUAAGAAUACAAUCAAGCUCUGUUGUUCCAUAGAAUUGACAAAAGUGUGAAUGCAGUUAAUAACAUGAAUUUAGUAAUACUGUUCAAAAUAUCUUUGAUGGAUAUUUUAGAACUUGCCUGCGUAUGGGCCAUGAAAAUAAGGUUAAUUGUAACCUAUGUCAUGUCUACGGGCUUUCAAGUUCCUUGGAAUACAGUAGAACCUCUCUUAGCGGACACUUCUCUAUUAAGGACAACCUCUCUAUUAAGGACACCAGUUUUGGUCCCAAACUGGUUGUUUCCAUUCAAUUUGACCUCUCUAAUCAGGACACCUCUAUUAAGGAUAUCACUUGUCAGUCCCAAAAGGGUAUCCUUAAAAUAGAGAGGUUCUACUGUACAUACUUGUACCUGGUGAUAGAACAAAUAAUGCUGGUUUUAAGCUUUAGUGUGGUUAGAUCAUGAAUUAUGAAUAGCUGUAGUUGACAGGGAAUGGUCACUGUCAAAAGAUGGCUGUAUAAAAUAAUGAAGUGCUGUAAUUAUUGUCCUCUCCUUUUUAUGAUGUAAUCAUUUUGCAUUAAACCUGGCAACUGUGUUGUCAGAUAUUCCCUAUUCUGUUUAAUAUAUGUUGUGGAAUAACUUUGUGGGCCUGUCAUCUGAUGAGGUACUGGAACACUGUAAUGUUAACCUUAUCAAACCUAGCCAGAAUGUCUCUCUCGUGGCAAACAAAAACAUAAACCAUGGAAUGUUUGAUGAACUAAAUAUUGGCUCAUUUUCAUUUGACAAAAGACUAAAUUCUGUGUUUGAAAAUUUCAACUCCCAUGCAUUAAACAUUAAAUAACUCUUGGCCGCUGAAUCCACAAACUAAAAAUUCAAUGUACAUGUAUAUAAUAGUGUCUUCUGUUGUUGAAAUGCGGUCUCUUUCAAAGUGGUCAGAAUCUGAAUCAGUGUAUUGAGCAGGACAUUGUUGUGCAUUAAAUCGAAAAGUAUAUCACAUGGUCAAAAUAAAGCUCAUUUGUUGGGCACUGAGAAGA